AUGCGUUUCCUAUCGGACCGCUGCCGCACGUUUUCCGUGCUGCUAGUUAUAACCCGCUGGCCGUGCCGUUGCAGUACGGUAGAAGUCCGUUACCAAACGCUUAAAUUGAAAGCGUAUCUGACUGCCGUGCGUUUGUAUGCUAGUGCUGUUUUAAAUUUAUUUGAUACCAUGAAAAUUAUCAAACAAAAACCACGCCUCCGUAAAAGAGCAUCACCGAUGUUUUCGUUAACAUGUGAUUUUGGUGAUUUCCAUACUCUUUACCCUAGGUUAAAAGAAGACCCAAGCAGUUUUUUUAAUUACUUAAGAAUGCCUAGAGAAUGUUUCUUCGAAUUACUGGAAUUAGUUAAAAGUAAAAUUCAGCGACAAGAAACUAUAUUCAAACAUACUAUAUCAGCUGAAGAACGACUACUGAUAACAUUGAGGUAUUUAUCCGCUGGUUGCAGUAUGACUGAAUUGCAUCAUUCUUAUCAACAUGGAAUAUCAACUAUUUCUGGAAUUGUGAAAGAUACGUGUCAACAGAUUUACAAAACCCUACGAGAAAUUUGUUUACCUGGACUGAAAAAAGAAGAUUGGGUAAAAAUCGCACAAGGUUUUGCAACUAAUGCAAACUUCCCUAAUUGUUUGGGCGCUAUAGAUGGGAAACAUUCACUGCACUACGAACGCACUGAACUGAACACGUGGGGCUUGCGACGUUGCCGUGCUGCUGUCGAGCGUUCGCGGUACGGACGCCGCGCUGUUGCCGCACCGUGCAUUUUGUAUGAAAACAAACGACCGGCCGUGCGCCGAACGACAAACGCACCGCUUCGGCACUGCAGCGGUCCGAUACGAAACGCA